AUGACACGCGUCCAACAAAUCAAACAAUAUCUUCCCUGGGCGCAGACCCCGCUGAUUAUCAAUGCCCCCAUGAGCGGCGCGGCAACCAGCAAGCUAGCGGUUGCCGUCACUCGAGCUGGGGGACUGGGACAAAUUGGCUUCCUGGACGACAAGAGGGUGCUGAGCACGGAGCUCGAAAAGACCAAACGGCAGUUAAGUGAUAUCACCGUUCCGAACGGGACGUUACCAAUCGGAGUGGGAGUAAUUGUGUUUGGGUCCCCUGUCUCGCACUGGCUUUCCCUAUUUGCUGCCUACAAACCCGCCGUCGUUUGGCUAUCCUUCGGGGCCUCGGGAGAGUUCCAAGAGUGGACAGCAGGGCUUCGUAGAGUCUCCCCAGAUACAAAGAUCUGGGUACAGGUUGGAAGCGUUGCCGCUGCGCUUGAUACGGCCAGAGCCUGUCAACCCGAUGCUCUGGUUCUGCAGGGAAACGAUGCGGGCGGACACGGCCACGCAAGUGGAGCGAGUAUCAUAUCGCUGCUCCCAGAGGUAUGUGAUGUGCUUCACGAGCAUGGGUUGAGCCAGAUCCCAUUGAUCGCGGCCGGAGGGAUUGUCGAUGGACGCGGUGUGGCGGCAGCUAUCAUGCUUGGGGCGGCGGGGGUGGUGAUGGGCACACGAUUUCUGGCUGCGGAGGAGACGAGCUUGCCUCGUGAGUACCGGGAGGCAAUCAUAGAUGCCGUCGACGGGGGAGUGUCAACCGUGCGGUCAAGGGUCUUUGACGAGAUCUGGGGCCCGAGUCCGUGGCCGGAGUUGUAUGACGGACGGUGUCUGAGGAAUGGAUGUUAUGAUGAUGUGGCCGCGGGAAUUCCCAUUCAAGAAGUCGUUAGGCGGUUCUACUUGCGUCUAAAGGAAGGACAGGACAAGGAGCUUGACUUCAAGGAGGCAGGGAGUGUCUGGGCUGGCACAGGCGUGGGAUUGGUGAAGAAGAUUGAGGACGCGGCUACUAUUGUCUGCCGGGUACGAUUGGAGGCAGCUAGGAGGCUGGAGAAUAGUAUCUCCCUCGGUACAUUGUAG